AGUUAUAUAAACUUUAGCCGGAAAAGCCCUAACGCCUGCCGACACAAAAGGUAAACAAACGACAGCAUGAAGGACUAUUACACCUGGACUUACCCGGAUAUACCCGAAAAUGUGGCCCAAGAGCUGCAGAAGCUGCAGGACUCGCUGGUGGUGGUCGGCGUUGUGGGCCGGUCGAAAGGAGAUCAGGCCAACAAGAUGCAAGCCUUUGGCAUGGAACCACCUUUGGAGCACACGCCCCAGGAUGGGCAGGUGCAGUGCUACUACAAGCCUGGCACCUCCUGCCUGCUCCUCCACUUCGAGACGACGUACGACGAGGCGGUACUGAGCAAGAUAAUAAACGCCUCCAUGGAGGACACCGAGAACCCCUUUGACUUUGACAGCUUCUACGAAAGGAUGCGUUGCCAGUUCGUGCGCAUGGUGCUACUAGCCCUGCACGCCUGUCACAUUGUGGUGUAUGUGGAAACCGGCCAGAUCUUUGAUCCCACCCUGGUGACCGUGUUCCAGCUGCUAAAGUUCGCCCGGGAGCAGCAUCUCCUGCAGUUUCUGCCCAACAUGCUGAAGGGCAGUGCCGCAGCCAAGCUUGGCGAGAGGUCGCGCCUAUGCACACCGAGGAUGCUGUUCCUGUUUGAAAAUUACCCACAAAACGAGGCCACAACGCGUGAGCGUGUCUCCGCCUUUGAGUUCCAGACGGAGGACUGCAUCUAUGAGCUGCUACGCCACCAUAACAUCGUGAGCAAGAGCAGCACCAAGUCGCUAAUGGCGCUGCCCAACAACAAGCAGUUCGUCUUUUUCAAUGCCCACGAGGAGCAGCCUGGUGACAAGCUAAUGAAGGCAAUCGAGUGCCUCAAUGUGGCCAUGUACAAACCGGAUGCCAAGGAGGAGGAUGAGGAUCAGGAAAUACUCGAGCUGGCGCCCUUCGAGGGCUUCGUCAAGCCCUAUGGCAGGGCAAUCGAUGAGAAGGCCCUGGAAGAGCAGGAGUACAGAAAGGAGCACACGGUGUGGCACUUCCUGCAGCGCCAUGUACAGGAUGCCCUGCAAGGCUGCUUCGACGAGGGCUCCUUCAAGCAGCAGUCCCAGCAAGGACAUUUCCAGCUGCUCAAUUCCAAGGAGUGGCACGAAUGCAUGGCCAGGCUGUACCAGUUGCUGGUGGAGAAUGCCAAGAAUCCUGGGAGUCAUGACUCUGGCAACGAGGAAUACAAAACCUUUCUGCACAGCUUCGAUGAGAGUUUGAAUUUUGAAAAGAAAUUCUGGGCGCAUCUGUGCGAGCUGGGCCUCAAGAAAGGCAUUGCCGCCUAUAAGCAAGCAGCUCCCAGCAUCUAUGGCACCGCCACCCACAAGCAACUUCUAGCAGAGGCAACCCUGGCCUUUGGCGAGGAGGGACGCGGACCGCAGGUCAAGGCCGCCCUAGCAAAGAUGGCUGCCAUCUGCCAGAAGCACUGGGCGGACGGGCGACAGCAGUGUGAGCUGCUCAGCCUGCGCUCCAAUCCCUGCACCCUGCCCAAGGAUGUGACGCACGAGAAGCACAAAAGCGGGGUGGUGCACAUCUCGACCUGCAACUGUGGCCGCACCCAGGGUCGGCGAGAGGAUCCGUUCAAUCUGAGGCAGGCCAACUACGAGUACUACGAGCAGCUGGCCCAGAAGUGCAAUCUCUGCGUGAAGGUCAAGCAAUAUCAGUUUCCCAUCUUUGAGCCCUCCGUCAGUGAUUAUCGAGCGGCCGCCUUUGAGGCAGCAUUUCCACUGCUGCUCACCGGCAAGAGCGGUGCGGCUCAGCAGGACGAUGAGGAUGAAGUGGAAGAUCCUGAGGCAGAGGGUGAUGAGGUGGAGGAUAAUCAGGAGGAAGACUCUGAGAAGCCAGAGGAGGAGAAAGAGGCCUCCGACUGCGGGCAGAACCUGUCGCCCACCUUUGGUUCCGAUCUAAACAUGUCCAUUGCCGGUUUUGGAGCCUCGCUAAACGAGUCCCAGAGCAGCUCUGAAGAUCUCUCCAACUCGGAGCCGGAAUCCACAAGUAGCGGCACCUCUAGCGGCGAUACGGAAAACGAAUUGGUGCUCCAGCUCAAAGAGCCCACAGCCAAGAAGGAGGUGCGCGAAGAGACCAGCGCUACACCAGUACCUAGCACCUACUCCACGUCCACCACGGAAUAUCUGCCGGGCCUGGUGCACACGGUCAGUAAUUUUGGGCUGUUGCCACUGUUCCCCAGCUGGUCGCUGGCCUGCGUUGGUCCCAGCUCCAUCUACAGUCACAAUACCGGCCUGCAGGAGCACUUUCAGAGCGGCUUCCUGUCCGGCGCCAACUUUCUGCUGCCCUGGGAUGUCCAGCUGAGGCUGGUACAUGCUCCCAAGCAGCAGCAGCAGCAUCACCACCAGCAUCCCGGAAAGAAGCAGCAGCGCUGGAAGAAGCAAGGCGAUCGCCUGUCCCUCAAGAUCUUCAUCGGCAUGGAGUACGAGUGCUCGCGCGGCCAUCGCUUCAUGAUGUGCGCAUCGGAUCGCGUGCUGCGCGGUGGAGCGGACAUCGAGCGGGACACCUGCAGCAAGGUGGUGCACAACAACAUGCCGCUGUACUAUCCCUGCCCGUGCCGCUCGCAAAGCAACUAUCUGGCGCAACUGAUGCGCAUCCAUGUUGUCACCCCCAAGGCUCCUGUCAAUAUCAUCGUGGAUCCCAAGGUGUGCGUGGGCAAGGACAAGUACACCUUCACCCUGGGCAGCAUCGUUCCACCCCGCCUCACGCAGAGCGCCUACUGGAUCCUCCGGCUGCCGUAUGUCUACCAGGGUGACGAUGUCCUGAUCACACCGCCCGAGAAACUGGAAGCGGAUGACAUGAUGGCUGGGGGUUAUCUGUUGUCCGGGAUGUUUGGCGUGGCGGAAACGGAUCCCACGCUGGACCUGAACGAACCCACGCGGCUGGCCACGUCGCCAGCUGGUACAUUUACUAAAAUUUAAUUUUG